CGCGGAGUCGGGGUGCUCUGCCGGGCUGGGAGGGGCUUGUGCCUGAGCCCCGGGGUCCCCAUCCGCUGAGGAGAUGGAUGAGGAUGGGCUUCCUCUCAUGGGGUCAGGCAUAGACCUGACUAAGGUGCCGGCUAUUCAACAGAAAAGAACCGUGGCCUUUCUAAACCAGUUUGUGGUGCACACGGUGCAGUUUCUCAACCGGUUCUCCACCGUUUGUGAGGAGAAACUGGCAGACCUUUCUCUUCGUAUUCAACAAAUUGAAACAACUCUCAAUAUUUUAGAUGCAAAGCUGUCAUCUAUCCCAGGCCUAGAUGACGUCACAGUUGAAGUGUCUCCUCUAAGUGUCACUACUGUCCCAAAUGGAUCACAUUCUGGAAGCACUUCAGAGCAGCCACAGCAGGACAAUACACAAGACUCUGGACCACAGGAAAGUGAAGUUUCAUCAGAAAAUAUCUUAACCGUCGCCAGGGAUCCAAGAUAUGCCAGAUAUCUCAAGAUGGUUCAAGUGGGUGUUCCAGUGAUGGCGAUCAGAAACAAAAUGAUAUCAGAAGGGCUGGAUCCAGACCUCCUUGAGAACCCAGAUGCUCCAGUGCCUAAUGGUGCAGCUGAAAAAGCCAUAGGACACAGCUCAGACAGUGAGUCUUCCUUCAGUGACUGAACUGGAUUGGGAUGAACACUGCAUAGAUGUGUGGAUUUUACAUUCUGUGGCAGAGCGAGACUCUGGCUCGUAGGGACAAAAUCAUGAGCUGGAUGGCCACACACCUGCCCCAACCAUCCUGUUCAAAAAAUAAAAUGAAAUAAAGCUUUUAUAACCCCCCCAAUAUGCUUUGUUAACAAAAUAAA